AUGAGUGGCUCUUUUGACAAGAAGAUCACCAGCAUCCUGACCGACCUCUCCAGCUCCCUGAGCUGCUCCAAGGAUUCCCCCACCUUGCCCGAGUCCUCGGUCACCGACCUGGGCUACUACAGCGCCCCCCACAGCCAGCACGACUACUACCCCAGCCAGCCCUACAGCCAGCCCGUCAACCACUACUCCUACCACCACCAGUUCGGCCUCAACGGGCUCGCGGGGGCUGGGACUUACCCCCCCAAGGCCGAGUACCCCUACAGCCCCUCCUACAGGCAGUAUGGGCAUUUCAGGGAGCAGCAGCUGCCGGCCCAGGAAGCAGUCUCAGUGAAGGAAGAACCGGAACCGGAGGUGAGGAUGGUCAACGGGAAACCCAAAAAGAUCCGAAAGCCCAGAACCAUUUACUCCAGCUACCAGCUGGCGGCUCUGCAGAGGAGGUUUCAGAAAGCUCAGUACCUGGCUCUGCCCGAGAGAGCCGAGCUGGCAGCUCAGCUGGGGCUGACUCAGACGCAGGUGAAAAUCUGGUUCCAGAACCGGAGAUCCAAGUUCAAGAAGCUCUACAAAAACGGGGAAGUGCCCUCGGAACACAGCCCCAAUAACAGCGACUCCAUGGCCUGCAAUUCUCCGCCUUCUCCUGCCCUCUGGGACAGUAACUCUCACAGCAACCCCUCCACCAGGAACCAGCUCCCCCCGCAGCUCCCCUACAGCUCUUCCCCAAGCUACCUGGAGGAGCAGCACAACCCCUGGUACCACCACCAGAACCUCAGCGGACCUCACUUACCGCAUCAAGCUUUGCCCACUAACACCAUGCAUCAUACAUCUUCCGGGCCUCCCAAUCCGGGGGCCGUGUACUAA